ACCAACCAUUGGACGCCAUGGCAACAGAGGAGCAGAUUGUGGAGCUCAAGAUGAUGGUGGGCUCACUUGCGGGAGCUGGGAUGUUCCUGGGAGCGCUGCGUGGCAUGCGCGAGGCGGUGGAGCUGGCGCCGGGCGCGGGCAACCAAGCAGCGAUGGCGAGGCUCUCGUUCUCUACCGUCUCGACAGGCGUCAUCUUUGCUACCAUGGGCGCCACGUUUUGGGUCUCUCGCGAAGGUUUUGCUGCUCUUCGUGAUGCGCCUGCUCCCAACUUUGUGGAUACCAGUCUGGCCUCGGCCGCCACUGCAUCGCUCGUCAUCUUCCGCGCAGGCUGGCGUCCAGCUGCUCUGCUGGCACUGCUCGCUGGUGCCGGUGGCCUGGUGGUUGGCCUCGCCAUGGACGGCCUCGAGUCUGUGGUUGAUGGCCAAUCUGAUGCUGCUGAGGCUAACGAUGGCGGCGUCGCCGAUGCCGAUGCCGAUGCUGAUGUGGAUGCUGACGCCGACUCUUUUCCGCAGCGCGACUACACCCAGGUCGCCGGCUCGUUCUCGACCUCACUCAACGCCCAGCUCCGUCGGAUGGAAGCCGUCGAAGCAGCUCUUACUCGAUCGCGCGAGGCGGCGAACUCGGGCGGCGCGUGAUGCUGUCCACGCCGACGCAGUUUGCAUGGCCACUGUCGGCCACCAAGCCGCGAACAUCCGCCCACCCACCCAUCAUCAAACCGCGAUCAUCCCCC